CAUGGAUCGACAAAGCUCACGAUCAUCUACAAAUAGCCACAAAGGCAAGAAGAAGCAAGCAUCUGAGGAGGACAAGGUCACUGAGAUCAUUGUCAUAUUCUCCAAGCAUCUAGAGCAAGAGACUCUCAGUCAGACGAUCAUAGAUGUCUUCUUCGAGAUCAUGGAUAAUAAUAAGAAACUUCCCAAAAAUAGUGAGGAUCGGGUGAUAAAUAUGUUCUUGUCAUCCCUCAUCUCGGUGAUUUCUUUGAAAGAAGACGACCAGAUAGCAUACAAAUGCCUCAAGAUCCUCACCAAAUUCUUGAAGAACGACAAUUUGUUGUUGACCAAAUUCAAACCUAACUCUUUAAUUUUGAAAAAGAUGAACUUUGAUUUCUGGAUUCAAAGACCUGAGUUUUCCAAGGGAGCUAUAGACUUGGUAACCUUCCUCCUCAGGUUCUACACUUCCAUUGAUUACGAGUCCUUCAGUGACAAGACGGAUAUCAUAAACUUGCUCAAGCGAUCUGAGAUGCUUAAGUGCUGGACAGACUUGGAAGAUUUAGCCACUGGAGUUGACAGUUUUCAUAAAUAAAUCUGAAGAGACGCUGACCAGUCAUAGCAAGUAUAUCUCCACUCUGAACAAGAAGAUUGAUAAGAAUACUAAAAAUCUCGACUCCCUUAACACCACUUGUAAUGAAAUAAAAAUUCAGGUUGAUCGGAUUGUAGAUAAGACUCAGAAUGAGCUCCGCAAUGAGAUUAUCUCUGAAUGCCGCAGUAUUGUCAAAGUCAGAAUGGACGAAAUGGUCGACCUUGUCGAGAAAUUCGCCACCUUAGUAAAAACUACUGAGCGAAAACAGAAGGAAUUUGAACAACGUGUAGAACAAAAAUAUGCCCUCCAGUCAACACGAAAAGAUCAAAUCGAGGAUAUAUUAAAAGACCAUAUUGACUUGAUUAAGAAGCUACAUUCCCAACAACAAGGAUGUACUGACUCUGUCACUGAGCUCAGCAAAGAGGUGAAUGAGAAGAUCAAAGAAGUCAAGGAUGACAUGUCAAUUAAGAAUAAACUUUUCGAGUUCGAGAAAGAUAUCAUAAAAUUCUCUGAAACAAUGGAUGAAUUCAAAACUGACCAAAAUAGCUUCAAGCUUAUCAUUGAAGAGGACCUUGAAUCAUGGAAAUCUAUAUCCCAAAACAUGGUCAAGGAGACUAAGGCCCAACUCAAAGUGUUUGAUAAAAGUCUGAACAAACUUUCUAUCCCAGAGUUGGAAAAAUUAGAAGAGAAAAUACAGUUUGUGGAACAAGAAAUUGUUAAUGUCAAGAACACACAGAUCAAGCACAGCAAUUCAAUGAAACUAGAAACCUCUAUUAAAUCUAAGUCUAAAGGUGGAGAGAAGUUCACAAGUGAAGAGAUCAGGAAUUUUGGAGAAGAGCUUGACGCUAUCAGCCUCUUUGUCCAGAGAUUUGCAGAUACACACAUCUUCGACCAGAUCAGGAUCAUUAAAGAUCCUGAUGUAACUGUUAAAGAGAAAAUGGACACAAUGGAUUGGCUGGCACGGAACUCUGAGUUCAUUUCUACAGAUGCAGUGACGAACUGCUUGAAGGAAUUCCAGGAACUCUAUUCGGUAGAAAAUCCUCAGAGGAAGAAUGAAUACAUUAACAGCAGAAACCACUCAAUGGCUGUAGUCAAUGUACUACAGCUGAUAGAGCAUACUGAGAAAUUGGAGCCCGAUGAAGAUACUGAUUAUAAAUUCUCUCUAUAUUACUCCAUUCUGGAGCCUCUACUCAAGAAUAACUAUAACCUUGAGAAAGCAGCCGAUAUGGAAAUAAUCGAUGUAAUCAUGAGAUCUCUGGUCCAAAGCUUGCGUGAACUAGAAUCUAUAAAAUCCAGAGACCCUGGGAUGAAGGGAUAUGUGUACCAAAAGUACAAGUUUGACCUAAAAUCUGAGGAAGUCUUGCCCAAAAAUCACCUUUUCAAGUACAUUCUCCGCUGCCUUACCUCUUGCAUGAGGAACCAGAAGAUAAUCCAGAGUUUCUUGUGUGACAAUGAGGAUAACAUCCGUGUUAUCCUUAAGAUAAUCGAGAAAGUGAGAGAUGAGGAGAUUCUUGCCAAUUCUAACAAAAUUCUUAGGAUUAUCUUCAGAGAUGACCAUAGAGUCAACGAUUUCCUCAUUGAAAGAAGACAGAAAUUCAAAACCAAUGAAGUCAAGGCUUACCUAGGCAUGGAUGAGAAUACUCUUUCCGAGGUCAUUAAUUCUAUCCUAGAAGGAAUUGGAAACAACGAUUUCAGUGAGAUCGUGCUGGUAGAGUCCACUGCUGCAGCCCUGAACUUUGUGAAGAACAAAGACCUGAUCAAGUUCAUUGUGCCUCAGAACAUCCAAAAUUUGAUAAAGCUUGUAACUGAGAAUUACGAAAAGCCUAGAGUCUUAGCGAUCCAGUGUAUCCAGAUUAUUGCAGAGCUUGAAGAAUACAAGAAGUACAUCAUAAACUUGGGUGCAGAGGAUAUUUUAGAAAUCGAUGUUUAG